AUGAAUCCUGGACCCAAAGCAACUGGUACGUCAGGCAGGAAGAAGGUUGCAGAUAUACCCAGAGACGAUCCACUUUUCUUCCGUUACAGAGCCCGUAUAGAUGCUGUCAUGAGGCUAUACUACCAAAGAAAAUCGGACCAUGUCUGUACAAAGUGUGGCGGAGAGCUUGACAGCCGCAGUACAAUAUUAUGUACUAGGCACUACACACAGCGUCAGGAACAUAAGAAAAGUGAAAAGGCCCGAACAGCAGUCCGGCGAGUAGAACGAGUGAUGGAAUCAAUACCAGCAUUGCGAGAAAAAGUCGGUUUGGGGCCGGUAAUAAUAGAGCCGGCGAGACCAGAGACACCGCCAGCAAAUCCAACGACAGUAAAACCACCACCAAAGCCGAAGACAAAGAGAACUAAGCCAAUAGUAGGAAAAUCUCAGCGAGUAUUAAGGUCGAUGCCGCCAGAAGCGCCGGUGCAACUUGGAAAACGAGAUACUGUUGUGUCACAAUUUGUAGACUUGUCAGACUCAGGAAGUGACACAAACAACGAUGGCGAUGACAAUGGCGAUUAUAAUGACGAUGAUUAUUUCGAUGCUUUAGCCACAAUCUCGAAUGAUGAAUUUGAGAAACCUAAUGAAGACCACGUAGUCCAAACCCUCCCAGAUUUGCGGCCACAGCCUCUUAUUCAAGCUGAGGAACCAAUCACCAGCGCUGUUGGUAGGGCUGAAUACGUAUCAGCAGCGACUCAGACAUCAAAUAGUCUGAUAGGUGAUAUAGAAAUAAGAGAGGCAGCUAAUACCCUAAUGAGCCUUAGGAAUCAGCCCAGCAAUAAUAUCACACUAAUCAAUGGUACGGCAGAUAACAGGCCGAUUAACCUUACGAUCACCGAAGGAGAAGAAGGAAGACGUGUUAACAUUACAUUCUAG